UUGAACCGAAAGUCCCACCUCUAGGCCUAGAUAUGUGUAUUUUCGUGCUCACUUCCCCACAAAAAACACGCAACUAAAUAUAAUUUAAAACCCCAUUUAAAACAAUGCAAACUAAACCUAUUAAGUGACCAAGAGGCUAACGGGGCCGCCCGGAAUGCGAGUGCAGUGAAGAUUUUCCGGUGGAAAUCGCUUUUCGGGAAACUUGCACAAACAUUUUUCAUAAGCGCUCUGUGCCUCCCUUUCGCACAGCAGAAUUACACUAGUUGCUGUGUGUGUGUGUGUGUGUGCAAUCGUUUGAUGGUGUGCGUGUACCAGCGACUUUGAUUGCAUUUUCGCGUACGUUUUUUAUGUUAACUACAAAAUAGAAAAUAAAACAAUGGUAGAAACUUGACCAAUAAAAUGUGAAAAGUGCAUCGGUCGGCAAUCGCUGAAAAUGCUGGAAGCAGCAACAACAACAAUUUACCGCCAACGAAACAACCACAAGGCUUUAUCGCCACUACCACCACCACCACCACCAUCACAACAACAACAACAAAUUACUACACUGAAAAAUGGGUGAAUGUGUGCGUAUUUGUGUUAAAUAAUGUUAAAACAUUUUUUAAUUUGCCCACAACUAAAUUUUAAGUUGUAGUCGCAGCAGCUUGGCAGAAAAAGAAAACCCCCAUUAAAAUCGCCUCAAAUAAAAGCAAUAAAAAGUUAUAAUCAAUGAGAAUAACAAAUUUUUUAAAUGCGCCCCAAGUGCUUAAGCAACACCAAACAAACAAACAAACAAACAACAACAAAACAAACUUUGUUAAACAACAGCAACCUCAACAACAACCAACAGCGAAUCGAGCAAUAUUAUCAAUAAUUAUCAAUUAAAUUGUUAAAUGUUAAAAUUCAAAUUAAAAACAACCGAAAAUAUAAAAAAUCUACAAUAAAAAAAAAUAUAUAAUAAAAGAUAAAGCUAACAACCUGCCAACAGCAACAAACACAACAACUGAUGCGGUGCUUAAUAACCAUCGCAAACUUAAGUUUUCUUCAAAUCGGAAAACCAUCAACAUUAUCUCGACUUAAGGGAGGUAUUAGCUUAACUUUCCUUUGGAAUAACGCUGGGGAAUCGAAGCGCCUUGGAUUAACUAGACGCCAAUGUACGGCGACGACGGGAUUACGGAUUACGGGAACGCGAUAUGGAUAUACAUAUGAAAAAAUUAACUAAGCCACGCAUGGAGGAGUACGAGAGGCGAAAAAGACGGGAGCGUGAGAAAAUCGAACGGCAGCAGGGAAUACAGAUCGAUGAUCGGGAAACUAGUCUAUUUGGUGAGCCGAGACGGCUGACGGAGACCGAUGCCGACAUUACGGCGGCACUGGGGGAGUUUGGGGACGCCCGGGUCUAUAUUAAUCAGUCAACGGUGGGGAUUAGUCGACAUACGCCAGGCGCCGGCAAUCCGCGCCUGCAGGCACCCCUACAGCCACCGCCAAAGACCUUGGGCCACUCCCCCUCCUACACCGGAUCGUCGGGCUCCACAUCUGCAUCCGCCAGCUCUGCUGUUCCCAGCCAGCAGCAGCAGCAACAGCAGCAGCAGCACUACCAGCAACAGCAACGUCCAUCGACUUAUGUCAAGCAGGCGGAUAACAAGCCGCCCUACAACGGACGGGGCGGGUAUCCUGGCCAGCCGAUGAAGAAUGACAUUCCCUCGAGUAGUGGCAUGGCACCGCCACGCGGCCCGCCCAGAUCCAGCAGCAGCAACUCACAGUCCAGCGCCACAAACAACACCAGCGGAGUCCCAACCAGCACGCCAUUGGGCCCGCCCCUCACCACCCAGAUGCCUAAUGGGCGGGAAAAGUCGUUUCUCGGCCCACCAGCCCCGUCGCUGCACAACGGCACUGGCGGUCGAUUCAUCCCGCCAGCGGCUAGCAAAAGGAGCAGCAGCGGUGCCGGCCAACAGCCACUGCCACAGGAGCAGAAGGACAUCAGCAAGAUGAUCAGCGAAAUGGCGGACAACUUUCGGGUUACGCCGUUGACCUCAAUAGCAGCUACGCCGCACGCCCCGGUCCGGGAAAACUACAACCUCAACGGGCCCAACAAAAACAAGUACAUGGACGACAUGAUCAGCUCCCCGCUCUGCCAGCCCUCGGCCCUAAUGACGCCUCUAUUCGCCCCCAUUGCGCCCAUCGCCUCGCCGCCCCAAGCCAGCCAGUUGCCGCCCCUCGGCGGUGCCACAAGUCUAACCUUGGGUUCAACCGAGGUGGGGUUGGGUCUGGCGCCACUGCAGCAACUGCCACCCACGCCACCCAAAGCCGCCUCCGUCAUCACGUCCCCGGCAGCGGCCAAGCCGCUUAAAACCGAGAAGAACCAUUCGCUGGAGAAGCAGGACUCGUGCCUCGAGAACGAUUUAGAGCUGUCCGAGUCGGAAGAUGAGCAGCCCAAAAAAGAGAGUCGAUCGGGGGGCAACAGCAGCAAUAGCUCCGAGUCGGAUUCCAGUGAGUCGGGCAGCGAGUCGAGCAGCAAGAACGAUGCCCAACCGAUGUCCAAUCACAAGCAGCUCCAUCACCAGCAGCAGCCACAACCCCUCCAACAGCAGCAGCAGCUCCAGCAACAGCAACUCCUCCUCCAGCAACGGCCUCAGCCACUGACGGCGAAUGGGAAGAGCGAGAAGAAAAAGUACAAGCAUGCGAUCAUCGCUGGAGGUAGCAACACCAUCACAGGACUGCUGACGUCCAGUGGAUUCGGAAGUGGCGGCAAUGGUGGGCCGGGAGGUAACUCCUGUGGGGCAGGGAGUGGGGCUAGCGCCUCGGCUGGGACGAUGAGCAGUGGCGGCAGCUCCUCGAACAAGACGCCAUCGCCCACGGAGAGCAACAAGUGGACACUGAGUAGGUUCUUUCCAAAGCCCGCCAACCAGACGAAUACGGAGAGCGCCACGCCCGGCAAUGUGAGCAUGAAGGUGCCAGGAAUCCUGCCAGGUGGCGCCCAGAUCAUACCCGAGCCCAUCGAAGUGUCGACGGCGAUCGUUAAGAACGAGAAGAUUCACGACGAUCCCAUGGACAUGGAUGAGGUCGAGGAGGACGACGACGACGAGGACCAGCAGCAGCAACAGCAACAGCAAUUGCCCUAUCGAGCUGAUCUCAGCGUGACACCGGUGUCGGUGAAAAAGGAGGCCAUCGACGGAGUGUCUGAGAUGGGCCUGACGGCGAUUCCAAAAAACCAAAUAAAACGCGAGUCAUCGGAGGCGCUUAUCGCCUCCCGGCUCUCGGACUCCGGCACCAGCGGUAGCUCGUCGAGCAGCAGCAGCAGCUCGGAAAGUGCACCCGGUGGCGAGGUUGUGCCUAUGCCGGGUCCCGGGGAGACUUUGCAGAUCCCCGGGGUGCCCGCAGCCAUUACGUCGGUGAUGCGAGUGCCCACGACGUUGACGCAGAAGGCGCCGUCUAGCAACAGUGUCACCCUGAUGCCCAUCUUGCCGCUGCCCGUCUCGCCAAAGCAGCGCCAGAAGAAGCAGCGCAAGAAGAAGACGAGUACACCAAUUGUGAACUCCAGCGAUGAGGACGAGCCGGCGCCCAAGCAUCCGGGCCUGGAUUACACCGCAGUUACGGCUCAUUCCCAGGCGACGGCGGCGGCGGCGCCGGCGAAGAAGCGAGGAAGGCCGCGGAAGCAGCAGCAGCAGAGCGGCGGCAGUGGCAACCUGAGUAGUGCUUCGGCGGGCAGCAGCUCUCAGACCAAGGGACCCUCACUGACGGCCGCCAAGAAGCCGCUGUGCAAGGUGCUCCCAGCCAUGGGCGGUGCCAGGAAGCGGGACCAUUCCAGCCAAAGCAGCUCCAACGGCAACACGCCAACCAAGAAGAUGGCCACACCCAUGUCAAUGUCGGCUCCCCUGAAGACCGCCAGUGUCCAUCGGGACAGCAGCAGUUCCGACGACGACAGCUCCUCGAGUGGGGGAUCCAGCUCCAAGUCCAGCAGCUCCUCGAGCAGCAGCGACGACACGGAGGAGACGCAGAACACCAACUGCCGGAUCGUCAAGCUGAACAAGACGGGGGCGGUGGCGGCAAAGGUGCUCCUUGGCAGCGGAAGCAGUUCGCCCUGCAGCAGCGGCAGCGAGUCGGAGGUCCAGGCGAGGAACCAGGCGGGCGGCGGAAAGGCACUGGCCCAGCAGUUGCCGCCGUACAAGCCGCAGGUGAUGAGCCAGCACAGCCAACAGCUAAGCAGCUCCGAGUGCUCCUCGUCGAGUGGCGACAGGGGUGGCACUGGGGCCGGCAGCAGCAGCAGCGGCGAGGAGGACGAGGCGCGGCACGAGAAGGAACGGGAGCGGAAGCCGAAGAGCGACAAGAACAAGAUCAGCACGCUGACGAGGAUCUUCAACCCCAAGGAGGGCGGUGCCAAGAAGCAGGGCCAGGUGGUGAUAAUGGACCUGCAGGAGGAGCAACAGCAGGGCAAGCUGGAUGCGGUGACGCAGUCGUCGCAAGUGGCUGCUGCCGCCACUGCCGCGAAGCCAAGGAUGACGCCCACCCAGCAACUGCAGCAGCAGCACGCCCAGUCGCAGCAGAUGCUGGGCACGAGUCUGGCCUCCCCCGCCAGGACCACCACGCCACACCUGACCUCCCUGAUCUGUAAGAUUGACCUUAGCAAGCUGUCGCGGGAGCGGAUUAUGCGCCUGAAGAAACUGACGCCUGCCCAGCAGAAUGGCCACCUGACGCCCAAGGACCAGGCACCGUCGGCGGCCCAGCUUCCCAACGGGUAUGCCAAUGACGCUGUUCCCGCCACCAAAGUCAAGCCCGAGCACCCGGUGAAGCCCGAACCCGAUCCGGACUUCGAGGCCAAGUUCAAGCCUGGUAGUGUUAAGCAGGAGUUCCAGCUGAAGCAGGAACGGGACCGGGACAGGGAGCGGGAGCGUGAAAGGGAGCGGGAACGGGAACGCGAUAGAGAGCAGCCGCCGGGUCGAAGACGGAAGCGGAGCUCCAGUUCCAGCUCUAGUCCCUACAAGGAGAAGAAGCGGAAAAAGGAGAAAACGGACCAGUUGCAGAUCUGCAAGGAGCUGCUGCCAUCCAACAACCACGAGCGAAUACCCAACCACGAUCGCCUCUCCUACGACAAGCUUCAGUUACUCCACGAGGAUGCAGCUGCCGCUGUCGCUGCGAGUGGCGUUGGCUCCGCUCCCAAUGGCAGUCCCAGAAAGAAUCUACUGGCCAUGUCUCCUCUUCCGCCGCCCCCGGUAACCACAGCCAUUACCAUUGUGCCGCCCAUCACCUGCAACGAAGCCGUGCAGACGACACCACCUCUGACGACGUCCACGUCUCCACAAACAGCUUCGGCCAUCGCGGAGCCAACACCUCCAGCCGUGGCAGUUCCUCCAGCACCCGUCACACGCCUUAUAUACCGAUCGUAUUUCGAUCGCGAAGAGGCGCAUCCUAGUGCCGAUUUAAGAAAAAACAACCAGUUCCUGCAGGAGGCCGUCAACCGGAAGCACGCCGCGGAUGCGGAGCCUGACUCCUUCAACCAGGUCACCUUGUAUUUGGAAGCUGUCGUCUACUUUCUACUGACUGCCGACGCCAUGGAGCGUUGUAGCUCUGAGGCCACCUACACUAUGUAUAAGGACACCUUGUCCCUAAUUAAAUUCAUCUCCUUCAAGUUUCGACCCCAACAUUUGGCAAACGGCCAGACCAAGACUCAUAUGGCCAAAGUGGCCAUACUUAGCUUACGUUGCCAAUCACUGAUAUCGCUAAAGCUGUACAAUCUACGGAGAGCGAAUUGUCGGGAUAUCCUGGCCAGCGUGACGGAUUUCCUUCGCACCGGCAGGGACAUUGUGAAUGGAAACACACCAUCGUCCAUUUCACCAUCAAACUCGGUGGGCUCACAGGGCUCUGGUUCGAAUACGCCGCCGGGACUAAUAGUGCCUAGAGACAUACAAAAUCAGCUGUUGAAACAGAAUGAAUAUCUGAGCUAUUUACACAGUGCUCAUGAGUUGUGGGAUCAAGCCGAUAAUUCGGUGCGCAAAGGGAAUCAUACAGAUUUCUUCCGGGAACUGGACCAUGAAAACGGACCAUUGACGCUACAUAGCACUAUGCACGAGGUGUUCCGGUAUGUGCAAGCUGGUCUUAAGACGCUCAGGGAUGCAGUGUCGCAUACGGCGCAUCCAACUCAAUAGCGGAACUAAAAAACAAAAAUUACAAAAAAAAAAAAUUAACGAAAUUAGAAACAGAAAACAGAAACACCACCAAACGUGUCUAAACAAAAGUCAGGCCAAAUUAGCAACUAUAGUAUGUAAUAAUAUACUAGUUACAAGCUACUAUUUAGUUAGUCAACAAAACAAGUAACGAAAAGAAAUAAAAGUCGAAACCAAUAACCUUCCAAAAGAAA